CGAGGACAGUUAGCGUCAACGAAUUCAGAUUUAGCUGAAUUCGUCGAUGACGUAAGAUAUCUCUUCAUAGUGCAUAGACUAACGUCCAUACCAAAUUUGUAUAACCACGGAGAUGUACCUUGAUCAGUCCCUAUUCUGUGGUAUAAGUAGAAGGAGUAGAGACUUCAGUGGUAGAGACUCAUGAGGGUCUCUUAACUGAUAUACAGGGUGUCUCAGUACUAAGUGCAAUUUUUUGAGGGGUGAUAGCAGGGGCCGAGCCUUGUAAUUUCACGCACAUCACACGUGGUCUUCGGAACACCGUUUCUAAAAUAUGACUGGUUGAAAUGUUGCGCUUUGAAAUUGAAUUUCGACCGGGGGUGCCGGAUUUCAGGGCACCCGAUCAUUGAACAUGCUUUGGAGCAAUUGGAUCUAGAAAUCGAAAAGGCAGGGUACGUUGACUGAAGUAUUAUUUCGAACCGGGGUGCUAACUUACCGAACCUUAUCUAAGGUCUCUAAUGUAAUUAGGCAGAUGAAGCCCAUGCAUUAUCGCUUCGAACGGGCUCCACGCUCAGGGUUUUGGCCAAUUGAAGCUAUUAAUGAUAUAAUGACAGGGUGCGAAAAAAACGUUACUUUGUCCACUUCACAUCGUACUGGGCGCUAGUCUAAUCUAAUCUAAUUACUUUCUGAAUACAGAGAUUGCAAUAAUUUGUGAUAUAAAUAUGGGCCUACCAUACAGGGUGAUUCUAAAUUCAGUGUCGUCCUUGUAAGGGGUGGCAGGGUGAACCAAACGAAGUAAUUUGAGAUGAGUAACCCGGCGUCACAAUCAGGCGCUACAGGACAUCGAAGGUCGCAGGUAAAGGGCACAGUCAACGCCUGUUCGUUGGCAAUCCCAUGCGCGUCUCCUACUUGAAAUUGAAAGCUGUAAUACUCUCACAAUUCAGAAGACGAAGGCUUUAGGUUGUGGGCCAUUUUUUGAAUAUUAAUUAUUAAUUGGUCUCCGAUUAUGGGUUGCUUAUCUCAAAUUACUUCUUUCGGUUUAUAGGUCACCCAUACAAGUUCGGUACUGAAUUUGGAAUCAACAUAUAUACUGUAUAUACUAUUAAUGUUAAGAAAAUCCUUCGUCCUUUGAAAUUUAUUUGAUGUCGAUCUAUGUAUAGAUCAUAAAUAUGUGAAUAUUUUACGGAGGCUUCAAUUUAUUAUGUUUACGUGCAAUUUUAUAAUGAUUAUAAGUAUAUGCCCGCAUUGUUCCAGAAUUUACCGACAAAAUAUGAGGUUUUCCGCGUAAUAUAUAACAGUUGUAAUUCAUUGUUAGAAUCUACUAUUUUUCACAUAAAUGAAUAUUUUCCGUUGACCACAAAACCCCUGUUCCAUCUCGCCACAUCGUCUCCUCGCCACAUCUCUCUACCAUUGUCCGCGUCUAAUCAGGCAUUAUUAUACCUAUUUGUGUUAGGUAAAACGAAGUUACGAAGUCUCGGAUCGUCUGGUGUUUUAACUAUAAAUAGUCUUCAAGGUGUUGCAUGGCCAGAAGCUCUGUUUCUAUGCGUGGUAGUUCACGUUUUAACUAGCGCAGUUCGCACUCGAAUACCUUAUAAAUUAUCAUACAUUUUGCGUAUUGAUCCGUUUAAUCGAACUUUAUUAAGCGAAAAACUUUGUCGCAUCCAUCCCACUCGAUCAAAACUUGUGGCGAAUGAAGUCCUUGGGCGUCAUUACGUGGCGAUAAGAAACAUCGCCGUCGGCGAAAUUGUCCUUCACGAGGAGAAGGCUCUCGUCGAAGGACCUCCAUUAGAAACGGCACCUGUUUGUUUGGGCUGCUUCGUAGUACUCAGCCCAGACUCCGCUGUACCUUGCAUCAAGUGUGGCUGGCCUUUGUGCAGACUGUGCCGAAAUCACGGUCCAGAAUGUGAAUUUACGAUCAAAUACAAAGACGAAAAGGUAUCGAUAACGGAUUAUGUUUUUCCGCAUCCAACUUAUCGUUGCAUCACCACGAUAAGAGCUCUUCAUUUACGCGAUACCAAGCCCGAUCUGUACAAGAGAUUAUUGAAUCUGGAAGACCACGCCGAACUGCAAGAGAAAAGUUCCUUUUUUACACCCCGUCUCGUCGCGAAAUUUAUUAAAAGGUUUUUCAAAACUGAAAUAACCGAAGAGGAAAUAGCUAAAGUGGUUGGAAUUUUGCAGGUGAAUGGCCACGAAGUCCCAUUAACUGAGCCUCCGCACAUUGCAGUUUACGAUGUUGCAUCCUUCCUUGAACACAGCUGCAGAGCAAACUGCUCAAAAAGCUUUAAUAAUAAAGGUGGAAUUGUUGUCCGAGCUGCAGUGCCCAUGAAAAAAGGUGAUCAUAUAACGAUUUGCUACACCGAUCCUCUAUGGGGGGUGGAAAAUAGACGACAUUAUCUCACGCAAACAAAAUUCUUUCAAUGCAUGUGCGAACGAUGCAAAGAUCCAACUGAAUUUGGGACGAUGUACAACGCUAUUAAAUGUUGGAAUGCGGGUUGCGACGGGCAUGCUUUACCGAAGAAUUUCAUCGAAACUGAUGGCGAUAAAAGAUUAGAUUGGACGUGUGACAAAUGUUUGAGUGAAAAGAGUUUUGAGGAGGUAGAAGAAAUGAUGGAACGAAUAGGAAUCGACUUGACACAGAUGAAAAAAAACGAUAUAAAAUGUUGUAGAACAUUCAUUCAACAUUAUGGGAAAGUUCUUCACGAUAAUCACUAUUAUAUUACGGACGUUAAAUUGGCUUUGGCUCAACUUAUUGGCCAGCAAGGCUCUGGUUUACCUGGAGUCAGCGACGAACUGCUUCAAGAAAAAAUUUCUCUUUGUAAGAGCGUCAGCCAGCUGAUCAAAUCACUCGUUCCAGCGGAAAAUCGUAUUCUUGGAUUAGUACUGUUCGAACUGCACGCCGCAAUUGCCGAAUUCGGGCGGCGAUUGGAUCCCGGAGAAUUGAUAGCGGCAUUGCUGGAAUCGAAAAGAAUAUUGAAGGAAGCGUAUGAGUUACUCAGUUAUGAACCCGAAGUUCUUCCGGAAGGAAAAAUCGCUGCGCAAGCUUUAAAAAACCUUCGGGAUAUGGAGACAAUUUUACAAGUAAUGCAUCAAAAUCUCAAUAUGACACCCAUGUAGAAUUACCGACGUUAGACAUUUGCUGAAAUAGAGAAUAUUAAUUAGUG